CACCUCUCUCUCUAGAGCGAAUUCUUUUUGCACAGGGAAAGAAAAGCGGUGAUGGAGAAUCAUUGGCUUCCUCCUCUCCUUCUGCUGCUCUGCCUCUCCACGGCAGGGUCCACUGUUCUUCAGGACUUCUCCAGUCUGCCCUUUGAGGAGGGAUACACGCGCCUCUUCGGAGACCAAAACCUCGUCGUCCAGAGGGAUGGCAAGACCGUUCAUGUCUCGUUAGACAAGACCACAGGGUCGGGAUUCGUAUCGAACGACCUUUACCAGUAUGGCUUCUUCAGCGCAUCGAUUAAGUUGCCGGGCGAUUACACAGCAGGAGUCGUCGUCGCCUUUUACAUGUCUAACGGAGACACGUUCGAGGACAACCACGACGAGAUUGACUUUGAGUUCUUGGGGAACAUUAGAGGCAGAGAGUGGAGGAUGCAGACGAACGUCUAUGGGAACGGGAGCACUUCCAGGGGCAGGGAAGAGCGCUAUGGUCUCUGGUUCGAUCCUUCUGAAGAUUUCCAUCGAUACAGCAUCCUUUGGACCACCACCCACAUAGUGUUCUACGUGGAUGACGUGCCGAUUCGGGAGGUGAAGAGGUCCGCGUCUAUGGGCGGCGACUACCCGACAAAGCCCAUGUCCGUGUACACGACCAUCUGGGACGGCUCCGACUGGGCUACUUCCGGCGGCCGCUACAAGGUCAACUACAAGCUCUCUCCCUACGUCGCCCGCUUCACCGAUCUUGUCCUCCACGGCUGCGCCGUCGACCCCAUCCAGCUGCCGAAGCCCUCCGCCUGCGAGCCGGACCCCGACAUCUCCGGCCUCAUCAUUUCCGCCAAGCAGAGGUCCGCCAUGGACGCCUUCAGGGAGAAGCACAUGACCUACUCCUACUGCUACGAUCGGGUCCGCUACCCGUCUCCGCUGCCGGAGUGCGUCGUCGAGCCGGAAGUUGCUGGCCGGCUGAACGAAGCCGGCACGACCAAGUUUGGUAGGCGGCACAGACACCACGGCAGGCGGCAACGCCAGCAUCCUGUUGAUGCCGGCGACGGGCAGAGCCAUUGAUUUUAGUGAAAUUCUCGUACAUGAUAGAUACAAAAUUAAGUUGGUCGUUGGCUGCUCUCUCUGAUCACGUGGCGUGGCUGGAGAAUUGCCUUCAUUUUGUUGUUUUCUCCUUUAUUUUUUUCAUCUUUCCCGUCCUGCACAGAUUGGUCAGUCAUUGAACUCUGGUUUCUGUGAUUUUGUUCCUCGUGUGUGAAUAUAUACAGAGAUUUAUUGGGGGUGGUUGGUGGUGGACUCUCGUUAUAUAGGAGGGGUCAUUUUGGUCGCCUGGUCUAUUAUCCUCCUUACAUCGUCCAUCCGUCUGUUGUUCCUUGCUGGUUCCUUCCAUGAUUGUUUCUGUGUACUUGUUCCUCCACCCGCUUCUUCCAUUAAUAAUAAUAAGACCAAGUCUGUGACAACAA